AUGGCUUCCAAUACCCCCAUGCAAGAUGUCAUCCGUGAGAAAAUCUCGACUGCCUUCAACCCCUCGAACCUUAUUAUCCGGAACGACUCCCAUCUUCAUGCACAUCACGCGCCAAUGCGCGGGUCAGUCUCGAAGGAGACGCAUUUUCAUGUAACAAUUACUUCGGAAGCAUUCCAGUCGAAGAUGCAGCCCGCCCGUCACCGGAUGGUCUACGCCUUGCUAAAGGACGAGAUGAGCCAAGAAGGAGGGAUUCAUGCGCUGCAGUUGCGAACUCGGACGCCAGAGGAGGAACAGAGGGAGAAGGACAAACGGGCCCAGGCAUAG